CAGAGAGGAGUUUAUUGUCCCGUGUUUGUCCCGGUAACGUUAGUUAUCCCGGUUUAUUGUCCCGGAGUUUCUCCCGGUUUGUCCCGGUGUUCCUCCGACUUUCUCCCGGUGUUUGCUCCGGAGUUUGUCCCGCAGAGGAAUGUGAGUGUCGGGUUGUAACGUCGCUGACAGUCGGUCAGAUUCACGGUUCCUGUUCUGGGUCCAUCUGUGCCGUUAAACCGGAGAAAGAACCGGACCGACCCGGCAUCACCCGUCCGGUCCCGGUGUCGGUGUUUGGAGCCAAACGGAACCCCCAUCCCGGGUUUAAAAUGCCGGGUCUGAGCGGACUGGUCCUCCUGAGUCUGUGUCUGAACCUCCACACAUGCCGGGGCUUCCCCAACAAGCUGCCCGAGCUGAGCGCCUCGCAGCCCGGACACUUCUCCUUCGCCGACCCGCUGCUGGACUACGACCGGCUGGAUGAGGAGCUGGGCGGCGGCGGGGGGCGGAACGGGACCGGCGGCGGGACGGAGGAGGGCUGCGGGCCGUGUGAGCCGGACCUGUGCCCGGAGACCCGGAGCUGCCGGGCCGGCCUGGUGCUGGACUCCUGCGGCUGCUGUAAGGAGUGCGGGAACCUGGAGGGUCAGGCCUGCGACCCGGGGGACCGCAGCGUCUACUACGGGCUCUGCGGGACCGGGAUGCGGUGUCGGGCGGACCCUCGGCACGCAGGAGGAGUAGAGGAGGAUGAAGAGGAGGAGGAGGAGGAGGAGGUGUGUGUGUGUGAGGAGCAGGAGGCGGUGUGUGGCUCUGAUGGAGUCACAUACAUGAACAUGUGUCAGUUCAGAGAGGCCGCGUUCUCCAGACCUGAGCUGCAGACCAGAGGGAGGGGGCCCUGCAAGACCGUCCCCAUCAUUAAGGUCCCCCCUCACAGCCAGGUGAACGGGACAGGAAGUAGUCUGGUCUUCCUCUGUGAGGUCUUUGCGUUCCCGAUGGCGCUGGUGGAGUGGAGGAAGGAGGGCCAAGACGUCGUCCUGCCCGGAGACGACCCCCACAUCUCAGUCCAGUCUCGGGGCGGUCCUUUGAAGUUCGAGCUCUCCAGUUGGCUGCAGAUCGAGGGGGCGGGGCUAGAGGACUCAGGAACCUAUCGCUGCAUCGCUCGUAACAACUUGGGAUCAGUGUCGGCCUCGGCUGUACUGGGAGUACUGGGAGCAGAGGAGCUGUCGUCCUACCUGGCCAACAGCGUGUCAGAGAUGAAGCAGCUGAUGGACGCCACAGACUACGACCAGGACUUUUACUGAGGCACGUGUGAUGUCACUUCCUGCCGUCUGACGCCAUUUGGCUUCCCUUCAGCAGAGACAGUUAAAACAUGAUGACAUCACACUGAAGGACGACACAGACAAAUAUUGAUCAUGUUAUUUUAUUAUUAAUAUUAUCUCAGUGAUGUAUGCUAUCGUUACUCUGACGCCACAGUGGGCGGAGACACGGAGGCUCAGCAUGUUGAACGUGUUGAUGAUGUCACAG